UAAAGUUUCGUUUUUCGAGGAGUAAGCGAGUGAGGUACUUCCGUCAUCCUAGACGGGAGAUUUGUAGAUUUCACGUGUAAAAAUCAACGCUUACCGACUGAUAAUCCAAUUGGGAGCCGUAUCGAGACGACUGACUGUGGGACGACGCCUUUUGGUAUGGAGCCAUUACACUUUCUAGAGUUUCUAACGAAUAAAGAGUUAAUUGGGUUUUUUCACUGCAAAAAGACGGAAAUGUCCUGCAUGGAACAACCGAACAUAUUCCUCAACCAGCUGCGAGACUAUGAUUUGGUCCCAGAAAAACUAUAUAAGAAGGUGAUAAGGAUGAGGUGUAAGGAGAAGAAAAAGGAUGGUGUGUAUGAGGUUUUGGACAGGCUGGAGAAGGAGAGAAGCGACAAGGUGAAGGUGUUUUGGAGAUGUGUAUUCCACAACCACAUCCUGCAGAAAUACCCAGUUCUGUGUGGGCUCAGAAAAAGCCUGAUGGACGAGGUGAAGAAACCCCAGAGUGAAGAAAACACAGCAAAGAAGAGGAGAGGAAGAAGCAAAAGAAAGAAAAGUGUUGAAGAGACUGAGGAUGAUGAGCAACCCGGCCCAUCCUCUUCUUCCUCCCCCAACCAACAGAAAAGCCCCAAGAAGCCCAAAUUCUCUUCUGCAGUUAAGAGAGGAGAAAAGCUACCUGUUACCUGUGGAAAUAAAAAAGGCACUCUCUGCGGAAACAAGCUGGCUAAAGGGGGCGCAUGCAUUCAUUCACAGGGCUGCUGGUUCACUCCGUCUGACUUUGAGCGGUUUGCAGGAAAGGGCAGCUGUAAGAACUGGAAACUCAGCAUCCGUUGCCAGAACACUACACUGAAGAAACUGAUCAAGGAAGGCCGUCUGAAGUGCCCUCGCAUGAAGAGGAAAUAGGCGAGGUGCUCUGCCUGUUUCACUGACUGACUCUUCACUUUACCUGUUUCCAUGAAUUAGUUUUUCCACAAAUUAUUUGUUAGUCAUGCAUUGUUUGCAUCUCGCCUAGCACAGUCGAAGAUGGCUCUAUAUUCACAGCUCCUCAGAAAGCUCCAGCCCUAGUUAGUCUAUAUUUCUCUUUAAUUCCCUACACAUUACUCACUCUACAGUUCUCUGAUGAUAAUAUGCAUGAUUCAAGGGACGUUUGUGUACAAGUUUGAUUAUGUUUGUGGUAUGUGUGUGUACACAUGUGGGUGUGUUGCUUCAGGGAAAUGUAGAUGUAGAAAAUUGCAUAAUUUAGGUGGUUUAAUCAGCAUUCAAGGUCUGUGUAUAUUCUCUUCCACUGUUUAUAGGAUAAUCAUUUGAUAAUAACAAUGUUAGAUCCUGGAGCCUUUCUGUCUUCAGGCACCCAACGCAAGGUCUCUGCUUAUCAGCCAUGACAUGGCGGCUUGACCGUG